GUCAUGCGGACCCACGUUCUUCCCUCCCUCUCUCCAAUUUCUUUUGUGCUUCUCCUCUCUCUCUCUCCGUCUCCCCCCCACGCCCACAGAAAGUGUGAGAACGCCAAGAGCGUCAAGCUGAGGGAAAGAUGAGGGAGCUGGUCUCCUCCUCCUCCUCCUCCUCCUCCUCCCCCACCGCGGUCCUCGUCGCCGCGGCCAACGCGGUGCUCCGGGGAUGGUGGGAAGACGUCAACGAGUCGCCGGCGUGGCAGGACGGCGCCUUCUUCUCCCUCACCGCCGCCUACGCCCUCGUCUCCGCCGUUGCGCUGAUUCAGCUGGUCAGGAUCCAGCGCAGAGUGCCCGAGUUCGGCUGGACCACGCAGAAGGUGUUCCACCUCAUGAACUUCGUCGUCAAUGGGGUUCGUGCCGUUGUAUUCGGAUUCCAUGCCUAUGUCUUCCUCCUCCAAACAAAAGUUUAUAAGUUGGUGUUACUAGACCUCCCCGGCUUACUGUUCUUCUCGGCCUACACCUUACUUGUUCUUUUCUGGGCAGAAAUAUACCAUCAGGCUAGGAGUCUCCCAACCGAUAAGUUAAGGAUUAUAUACGUAGCCGUUAAUAGUAUCGUAUAUGCAAUUCAGGUCUGUAUUUGGGUGUACCUUGGAAUAAACGACAAUCCGUUGGUUGAGCUGGUCAGCAAAAUCUUCAUCGUAUCUGUCUCCGCUGUGGCCCUUCUUGGUUUCGCAGUAUAUGGUGGGAGGCUGUUUGUCUUGCUGAGACGUUUCCCCAUUGAAUCAAAGGGGCGAAAAAAGAAGCUUUAUGAGGUUGGGACUGUGACGACAAUCUGCUGCACCUGUUUCCUGAUAAGAUGCAUCGUGGUGGCAAUAUCUGCAUUUGAUGCUGAUGUUUCUUUGGAGGUUUUGGAUCAUCCAAUUCUAGAUUUCUUCUAUUAUAUGUUGACAGAGAUACUGCCUUCCGCGCUGGUCCUUUUCAUCCUUCGGAAGCUUCCACCUAAGCGAGCAACGGCGCAAUAUCACCCCAUUAACUAGAGGUCUUUGUGCUUAUGUAUGAUGUUAUGCUUAGAAUAAUGGAUAAACUUGGAAGUGCUCAAAAUUUUACAUGUCUGGUGCGAGCUGAAUGCUGGUUUUUGACACUGUUUUCCAAAAGCAUCAAAGUGUUGUCGAUGGAUCA